AGAUGAUAUUUGUUUGUUUGGUUUUUUUUGAAAUUGUUUCUUUUUUUUUUGAAAAGUGGGAGUUUUUUUUCUGCUGUCCGGGACAAAAUAUGGCAUCCAUUUUGAACAGAUUGAAUCCGAAAAUUGAUAUAAAAUCUAAACAACAACAACAACAUCAUCAACAACAUCAACAAUCAAAUCAACUAUUAUUAAAUCCACGAAGUAAUGAUUGGUUUGAUCGUUUUAUAGAAAUUUCAACACAAUUAUGUUUUGAUGAUUUUAAUCCAAAAUGGUUAAUCGAUAUUCAUGCAAACAUUAUUCAUGAUCUUUAUGAUGAUUCAAUUGGUGUAGAAAUACAUUUACAUUUAUUAUCAUUAUUGGAACAAAUGUUUCCAUUAUUUGAUUGUCAAGAAAAAGUUGCCGAAACCUUUCAAACAUUGUUAUCGUUGAUUGAACGAAAUUAUAAAUCUCGACAAAGAACAAUUAUUAUUCCUCGUCUAUAUUAUUGUGCUACAUCUUUGUUGCUGUUUUUCAAAGAUUCGGUUAUCGACUCUGAUCAUAUAUCGAAAUUGUUUUCAAAUUUCUUACGAACUUUACUGACCAAAACCAAUACUGAUCAACAAUCAUUUGAAUAUGAUACAUGUCUUGAUUGUUUGCGAGAAAUUUCCUCUACUUUUCCCGAAAUGUUCAAUGUCGAAAUAUCAAACGAUUUUAAACUCUUACAGCGAGCACCAAAAAAUCUACAAGAAGCAUAUUUUAUGUUACCAUUAUUUGAUUUGGAAAAUAAUUUAGAUAAAAUUCGUAAUCUAAUUCAACAAUUUGAUGAUUAUAUAUCGGAUAUAAAAUUCUAUCAUAUUUGUAUGGAUGUUCAUCAUUUAAUACUUUCCGGAAAAUAUAAUACUGAUAAAUUAUCAUUAUUAAUUUUACGACCAUUUUUAUCAAAAUUUAUAAUUAGUAAUCAAAUUCAUCAGAUACAAUUUGCAUUAAAACUUUUGAUUGAAUUUGGUUUUGAUAUUUAUAGUUCAAGAGAAGAAGAAUUAUUCUUACGACAAAUGGUACAAGCAUCAACAAUACCAUCAAUACCUGUUGGUCAUCGAUUAUUAUUACUGGCUUUUAUACGUAUUGCUUUCGAAUCAAUUUAUGAACCACCAUUAAAUUCACCACCAUUAUCAUUAUUGAAUUCAUUAUAUCCACUUCUGUUUGAUGGCCCAGAUACUCAGGAGAAAAAACUUCAGAUUCUAAAUCAAUCUACAUUCAUAAUAUCGGAUGAUGAAUUUUUCAAUCUAUUCUAUCGUUUUUAUCGUCAAUGUUCAACCGAUAAACGAAAUUAUAUACGUGCCUCAAACGGUCUGUUUCACCUGAUGAAUCAAUCAAUUCGUAAACGAACACAAUUAACCGAUCGUCUUUUACAAUUAUUAUUGGAUAGUUUUUUCAACACACAAUAUCUACAUUAUAUUCGAAAAUUUUCACUAUUCUGUCGUGAUCAUAAAGAAUUGGGUCAAAAAUUGGUCGAUAAUUUUAUUGCCAAAUUAAUGAUGAUGACUAAAGAUCAGGAUAAUAGUAAAAUGGAAAGUUUAAAAAAUUUACCAAUCACUAUUACUAGUUAUAAAGUUUAUAUUGUUUAUUUGGAAUUUAUUGAUUGGUUUCUGUCUGUUGCACAUCGUCAUAUUCGUUUAACAGAAUUUCAAACAGAAUUCUUAAUCAAUUUUAUUCAUCGUAAUAGUUUUCAUUAUACUGAUUCAUCAACAAUGGCAUUACAAUGUUGUACAUCAAUUCUUUAUUAUCAACGUGUUACACAAAAAGUUAAAGGUGCAUUAUUUAGUCUAUUAGAAUGGUUAAGAAAUGAACGAAAAUCUGAUUUGGAAGCAUCAAGUUUAGCACAGAUUUAUCUUUUAGCAUUACGAACAUUAACCGAAGAAUCAAUUAAACAAGUGUUUACAUCGGAUGAAGAAGAAUUUCUACUUUAUCAAACACCAGAAAUAUUUGAACAAUAUUUAUUGAAUGUAAAAAAUACAUUACAACAAUGUCCAAUACAAAUUGAACGAUCUAAAAUCAAUAUUGUUCGACAAAAAUACUGUCAACCACCAUUCAGUAAAAUUAUUUCAUUUGAUUUAUCAUUAGAUCAACAUAGUAGAUUUAAUCGAAUAUUUGCCAUUGAAAUACGGUUUAAAUGUAAACAAAAUAAUAGUUUUGAAAAACUAAUACAAAUACCUUGUUUGGAUGAUAAACAAAAACCGAUUCGAAUUGAUUUACCAAUUGAUUUUCUAAUCAACGAUACAAUCCAGCUUAUUAUUGAAGUAAAAUUUGUUGAUAUACGUGGUAAUAUUUAUGAUCAUCAUCAAAAUCAAAUCGAACCGAUUUCAUUUGAAGAUUUAUUAAUUUCAUUCGAACAAAUCAAUAUCGAUCAAAUUAAAACCAAUAAACAAUGGACAGAACAUUUAGAUUUGAUUCAAACAAUAAUAAUCUGUUUGCCAGAUUAUCAUACAAUACAAUCAUUUAUUGAUCAUCAUCAAUGGCUAGAAUCAUUCAUUAUAAAUGAUGAUUCUAUACAAAAUUCAACAUUGUUGUUUGUGAUUGGUACAACACCCGAUCGAUUAGUCAUAGGAUCAAUCAAAUUAAUCAAUCAAUGUAUAAACAUUGAAUUGGAAACUAAUCAUUAUGGUAUAAUGCCGGCGCUAUUUUCCAGAUUUCGAAAAUAAAUAAUUUCAAAAAGGAAAUUUUGCUUUUGGUGGAGAACAAAAGAAAAACAUUGCAAAAUUUUACAAAUCAAGGAUUUAAUCAUUAUUGGUAAAUGUAAAAAAAAAU